AUGGAUACAAGAGGCGACGAAAAUGGCAAGCGGUUGAAGAUGUUCACAACGAUGGUUGAAGGGGCCGUCGCAUGUAGGCGGAGAGAAAGGGGAAGAAGCUGAAGAAUUGUCUCAACAUCAACUCUAUUUCGUCCUCUCUGUUGUAAACCAUAUUACACAGAGAAAAAGGUUGAAGUAGAAGAAGGACGAGAAGGAGCAAGAAGAUGAAGGAGGGGAGCGAGGGGUUUGUGAGGGCGGAUCAAAUUGAUCUCAAGAGCAUAGACGAACAGCUGGAGAGACACAUGAACAGGGCAUUGACUAUGGAGAAGAACAAGAGGAAAGAAGAUGAUGAUUUUGCUACUAAUAUUGUUAUCAGCCCUAGGGCCAUCGGACCUAAGGGUGGGUCCACCUUUAGGAAGCAAAGGCAGGAUUGGGAGAUUGACCCUUCCAAGCUCAUUAUCAAGUCAGUUAUCGCCCGUGGCACUUUCGGCACUGUCCACCGUGGUGUCUACGAUGGCCAAGACGUCGCCGUUAAAUUGCUGGACUGGGGUGAAGAAGGCCAAAGGACAGAAGCUGAAAUUGCUGCACUUAGGGCUGCAUUUAUACAGGAAGUUGCUGUUUGGCAUAAACUUGAUCAUCCCAAUGUCACUAAGUUUAUAGGAGCAACAAUGGGGUCAUCAGAACUACAGGUACAAACUGACAAUGGGCUAAUCAGUAUGCCAAGCAAUGUCUGUUGUGUUGUUGUGGAAUAUCUUCCUGGGGGUGCACUGAAAUCUUACUUGAUAAAAAACAGGAGAAGGAAAUUAACUUUUAAAGUUGUCAUCCAGCUUGUGCUAGAUCUUGCAAGAGGGCUGAGUUAUCUUCACGCUCAAAAGAUUGUCCAUAGGGAUGUAAAGACAGAGAACAUGUUAUUGGAUAAAUCACGCACAGUUAAAAUUGCUGACUUUGGGGUUGCACGUGUUGAGGCUUCAAAUCCUAAUGACAUGACAGGGGAGACUGGUACACUUGGUUACAUGGCCCCAGAGGUGUUAAAUGGCAAGCCCUAUAACAGGAAGUGUGAUGUGUACAGUUUUGGCAUCUGUUUAUGGGAGACUUAUUGUUGUGACAUGCCGUACCCUGACCUAAGUUUCUCAGAGGUUACUACAGCCGUUGUCCGUCAGAAUCUGAGACCGGAGAUACCAAGAUGUUGCCCAAGUUCUCUGGCAAAUGUAAUGAAGAGAUGCUGGGAUGCCAAUCCUGAAAAGCGGCCGGAGAUGGAUGAGGUGGUUUCCUUGCUAGAAGCCAUUGACACGUCAAAAGGUGGAGGCAUGAUCCCUCUUGAUCAACAGCAAGGUUGUCUUUGCUUCCGCAAGUUCAGAGGACCAUGAUCCAUAGUUUUUCAACAAACGAUUAGUUGGUCGGGUAUAGUGAUUUAUGUAUCUAUGGUGAGAAAACAGAAAACGAUUCCAAGUUUGAGGGAGGAAUAUACAGUAGGGGGUAUAGGAAUGAUAAGAUACACCCUUUUUUUCCUUAGAUUCUUGCUCAUUUUCACCCGUGGUUUGGUUUUAUAGAAUGUGGGUAUUAAGUUGAGCUUGUCAUUUUAACUAAUAUGUAUGAUCUUUAUUAUAAUGUAACACUCAUGACUGAGGUGAUUACAUUUAGUAGUAUGAUCACUUGCACACUUGAAAACUUUGUAAUAGAGGGAGCCAUUUUGUUAUGUAAAGAGAAAAAUCUGUUGUCAUUUGAUUUGAGUUAUAAAGUGAUACAGAAUUGUUAA